CUUGUUAGUUAAUGGUGCAGUAUAGAGGGUUAUCCUUCCGCCUCUACGAAUGUUAGGAUAUUCGUACGCCGUUCGUAGUGCAAGAGGUACGAGUCAGCGUCAGCUAUCAGAAGCUGACAGAAGUCGAGACCGUCACGUAGUGUGCUCAGUGCAUUAGUGAAUCUUAAAAAUAAGGUAACGCUGAGCGAUCGAGGAUUAAAAUAUGUUAUCGACUGAAAAGAAAAUUUCUGUAGUCACUUCUGGGGAGGAUGUGGACUGGCUGGAAAACAUGCCUUCCGGUGGACCUCUUGAUGAAUAUCGUAAAUCCGCCACGUUUUCCUGGAAGAGAUUGAGAGUGAUUUUAGAGGAUCCUGAGAGGCUUCUUUUUAAGAUGAAAGUAUGGAAAGCGAUGGAAGCAGAUCCGGAAUUUCAUCCUCAGGAUAAUGUUACUCCUUCAGCCGAUGAACAGAAGCGGAGAGUGGCACGACAGCUUGCACGUCUCAAUCAUGUUAAUUUGUUACCAUCAAAUAUUCAUCAAGUUACCUACAAGAUCAAGACAAGGUUCUUGAUGACACUCAAUGAAGCUACGGCCAUUGUCAAUACAUCGCUCUCCGUUAAAAUUGCUCUUGGUGUCUAUCUUUUUGGAAAUACUCUUCUUAGUCUUGGAACCGAGCGUCAUUACCCAACAUUCCAUGCAGUGUGGAAUAAGCAGGUUUUGGGAGCAUUUGCGCUCACGGAAGUGGGUCAUGGUAGCAACACGAAAAUGAUGAGAACGACAGCUACCUAUGAUCCAAGCACACAGGAAUUUGUGCUCCAUACUCCGGAUUUUCAAGCUGCCAAGUGUUGGAUAGGAAAUUUAGGUAAAACUUGUACAGUGGCUAUAGUCUUUGCGCAAUUAGUGACCCUUGGUGAGUGCCAUGGGUUACACGCGUUUAUUGUGCCCGUCAGAAACCCUAAGACGUAUUUUCCGUACCCUGGUGUUGUACUGGGCGACAUCGGCGAGAAAAUGGGACUCAAUGGAAUUGAUAACGGAUUUCUUAUGUUCAAUCACUAUAGAAUACCUAAGGCUAAUUUAUUGAACAGAACCGGUGACGUCACCCCGGAAGGAGAGUAUGAGAGUUCAUUUUCCGAUCCACAAAGGAUACUUGGUGCGGCUCUGGAAAAUCUAUCUGCAGGACGUAUGGGUAUUUGUCAAGAAGCUACCAAUACGCUUGGUGCAGCCGUUGUUAUAGCAGUUAGAUAUGCUGCGGUUCGCACGCAAUUUGCACCAUCAUUAUCAAAUUCUAGCGAAGAAACAGCCAUCAUCGAGUACGAGCUUCACCAAUGGCGUUUAUUCCCUUAUUUGGCGGCCGCCUGUGUCUUUCGAAUUUUUAUGUCAGAAUUUACUGAAGUAUACCUGGAGAAUAUACAAAAAUCCAUGGAGGGAGAGAACAUACCAAAUCUUAGUCAAAUAGUCUCCGAGAUUCAUUCCAUUGUGUCUGCUAUAAAACCACUGAUCACAUGGACCUGCCGUGAUGCGAUACGUGAAUGCAGAGAGGCGUGCGGAGGUCAUGGUUAUCAUAAAGCUGCUAAUCUUGGGGAUUUGGGUGUUAAUCACGAACCCACGGUAACGUACGAAGGUGAUAAUAAUGUGUUGGUCCAGCAAACCAGUAACUGGAUAUUACGGCAAUGGUCAGACUCACAAGGAGGAUCUAUGAUAGCAAGUCCUUUGGCAUCAGUCAGUUUUCUUACGAAUGGACCAGUGAUUUUAAAAAAUAGAUUUCAGGCACAGUCGAUAGAGGAAAUUAUGACACUUGAUUUCGUUAGAGGAACUUACGAGUGGCUGAUUACAUUCUUGGCUAUGGAAACAUAUAAGAAGUUCGAAGAAGGUGUUUCGCAGGGAUUGGAUAAUUUUACAGCACGAAGUAAAACACAGGUUUACAGAGCUGCAAACUUGUCACGAGCUUAUGGAGAAAUGAUUGUUUUGAAGUACGCGAUAAUACGUUUAAACAAUCUGCUACCGAAUCAACCACAGAGUCAAUCAUUGAGGGUAGUUUCAGAAAAGUUACUUCUAUUGUACUCUCUGUCCUGUUUGGAAAAACAUUUGGCUACUUUUUAUCAAGGUGGUUACUGUUCUGGUUCGCAAAUGGUGAAUUUAAUACGCGAGAGUAUUUUAGAACUGUGCGCACAAUUGAAACCGGAAGCCGUUGCCAUUGCUGACAGUUUGGCACCACCGGAUUUCGUUCUGAAUUCCGUAUUGGGCAUGUCGGAUGGGAAGGUUUACGAAAGACUCGAAGAAGCAUUCAGAAGUAAUCCUGGUGGCAUGGAGCGAGCUAGUUGGUGGAAGGAAUUACUCCCGGCAUCGCAAAAUCCUUUGAAAGCACCCCAAUCUAAACUUUGACAUUAACGAUUUGAUUUUAGAA